AGAAGGAAGGAUGUACAGAGCUUGGUGUCCGUGGAGCAUCACUGGAGCCUUGCCGCCUAAGACUGAUUGUUCAAACCUUGUUGUUUUUACAGAAAAUAUUUAAUAAAAAUCAGCUUAUACCAUUCUUUGGACGUAAUACAGAAACGCAAACCAUUUUUAAAGCGGAUGCUUCUGCGUAUUUUGAAAACAACACAAAUUCUACAAUUAGUUGUGUUCAACCUACCGAAAAGCAAACUAAGUAAUUUCAUACAGUAGCUAGCUUGUGAUGCUGAAUUAUAGAAAAUCACAACUGUAGUCGCAAGCUAGUGAAUUUACAAUAAAAAUUUCAGAAUUGAAUAAAACAUUUCUUAGGGAGUUCUGAGAAGCCGUUGAUCCAAUUGACCCAAUAAACAUUGUAAUUUUCUUUGCAGGUUCUAAUUAAUGCUAAGAAAAUAAGUUAAAAGUUUCGAAGAACUAUAUUUGUGAUUAGUGUUUGAAACAGGCGGCGCAGGAAACGCAACGAAACUUGAGCAAGGGAAACACUGAUCUCAAAUUUACUGAGAUGGUGCAGAAGAGGACGACUGAAGCGACACUGUGCGGGGUGAUGCUGUUGUUGCUGCUGGUCGCCUCCCCCGUGCACGGCUACGGCAGUUGCCCGACACUUUGCUCCUGUGCUCUGGACUCCCGAGGACGUCGGGAAGUCACUUGCGAUACAGGAGGCCUAAAAGACCCCUUACCUGUCAUGGAGAUGCCCUUGGACACGGAGGUUCUCAUCGUUGAUGCCCCCGACGGCAUGCACAAUUCACUGACCCUUGGACCAAUUUUCAAAGGAUUAAAGAAGCUCGAGAUUGUGACUGUCGCCAAGUCCCGAGUUCCCGCUAUUGGGGAGCACUCGUUUUGGGGUCUGCGAUAUUUGCACACACUUAAUAUCUCAAGGAAUGAGAUAACCUCGUUGGUAGCAGCAAACUUCCGUGGACCCGAGGAACUGAAACAUCUGGAUUUAAGCCGCAACAAAAUCGAGUCGAUGCCAUCAGCAGUUUUUCGUUACGCCAGGCAACUGAGAAGCUUGAAUCUUGCACACAACAGACUGCCAGAGCUUGUGCCUCGAGUUUUUUUCGGGUUAUCCACACUUACUUCGUUGGAUUUAAGUCACAAUCCUCUUGGAGUGCUACCAGGCAUGGUGUUUACUGAUGUUUUAAACCUGAAGGAACUUAAAUGUUUGUCAUGCAAUCUCAUGGUUGUAGAAGACGAUCUGCUCGACAAUCUACUCUUUUUGGAGCAUCUUGACUUCAGUGAUAAUCGAUUAACAUCAAUCCCUGCUGUCUCAAAAUGCAAAAAUUUGAAAACGCUGAUCCUGUCGGGAAAUUUGCUGUCGCACGUACCAGCCGAUGCCUUAUCUGGCUUACCUCUUUUCGGCUUAUCUCUUGCCUUUAAUCGAAUAAAAUCUAUUCAUCCUCAAGCCUUUUCUAAUAACACAUUGCUCACGCAUGUGGACAUAUCAUACAACAGACUCGGUCUUAUGCAAGUGGGAAACGUUUCGCCUGUCAAGUCUCAAGCUUUGUUGAACUCCGACGCUGAAGUGCUGAACUCCAUAUCUCAGACUGAAUUCGAAAUUGUGAACACACACUCUAGUGCUCUGCAAGCCUUAAUUCCUGUGGCCGCAAAUUUGAAAAGGUUAAUUAUAUCUGGAAAUUUCCUGCAACUCCUUGAUAUUUUCCCAGUCAUGAGACAAAUCCGCCAAUUACGAUUCCUUGGCCUCGGUGAUCUUGGACUCUCUAAGUUACCCCAAGAUUUCUUACAACACUCCCGGCAUCUCAAGGUCCUGAACGUAUCAGGGAACGCGUUGUCAGAAUUCCAACACCAUCUGUUGUACUCUGUACCUCAUCUACAUAGCUUGUAUUUAGACCACAACAACUUACGCGGUUUGUCUGAAGAUCUAGUGACCGCUUUCAUCGCCAUGCGAUCGUUGCUCACUAUCAGGCUAGAAGGGAAUCCUUGGCACUGCGACACUUGUCAGGUUUCGGCCAUGAUUGCAUGGCUCGAGACUGCGUCCCAUCAGCCCCAUAGCACGGCUCAAUGUCGCAGUCCUGAAGGCACUCAUCUCUGUCUCAAAUGUACUAGUCCGUCGCCCAUGGCUGGGCUUGAGCUUGUCUUGCUACGUCAAGAAGAGCUGCUCGAGUGCGGCUCAACAGAACCUUCCUCAUGGCCAGCAUGGCUUGGUCAUGAUUCUCGUUCGCAUUCACAACAUCCACGAGUUAUGGGGGUUGGCAGCGACAGCCAGCUGUCCAAGAAGGAUUUGCGCAAAUCACAAAACUCGGUUGUGGCUUUCUUUAAGGACCAUCUUGCGUUGCUGGUUGGCGUUGGAUGCGGGUUGGUCUUGGCUCUUCUUGUUGUUGUCGUCGCCUCUGUGAUAAUUGUGCGAAGACAAUCGGCCCUGUAUUACACUACAGAAGAAGAAAUUGAACGGCAAGAGAAGUUAGUUGGGCGCAACAAUAAUGACAGUCCAGUGUCUCGCACCACCCAAACUACGCCGUCCCCAACCCCUACUAAAGUCCCAUCAUCCUCCUACCAACCCAUGGCCAUCAGUCGAGUUCAUGCAAGGGUCCCUAUCACAAACACAAGAACCCCUCCCAUCACCAGCACCAGCACCUUCAGGGCCCCUCCUAGGAAAAUUUCAUCUAAUAUUGCAACCAUUGACGAGGUUGCUGCUUUGGAUUCCAGCAACACGAUCGCCGCGUAACAAACUUCCUACCAGUAAAAAUUUCGCCGUAUGUUGUCAAUAUUGAUCUCAUCAUAGUUUUCAUACAUGACGCUCACUCUGUUGCCGAAAGUUGUGUGAUAAAUUAAAAAUUUAAAUAUAUUAAAUUCCUGGACAACAUGCUGCUUGUAGUUCUGCAGCUGUUCGUAAAUUUAAUUUCGUUUCCACAACAAUUAGGUGAAGGAAAAAAAUCAAUUCUAUGAUAUUCUGAGAAUAGAGAGGAUGCGAACCGAGAAUCAAAGCGAAUCUAUUGAUUAAGGUGUGAUAGUGUUUGAAUUUACUGUACAUUAAUGAAUUGUUUGUAUAUUUUGAAAUAAGAAUAAGCUAAGCUUAUAAUGAAGAUCUUAAUUUUAACAUUAUCUUUAAGAUAAUUCUAAAUUGAUUGCCGACAUGAAUCAAUUGACAGCCAAAUAUAUCAUUAAAACGUGCGAAAACAUAAGAAUUCUAUUAUAACUAAAUUACCUAGAUGACCAAUAGAGUGUAAAAAAUAUAUGAUUAAAAUAUCUUCAUCAAAAUUUAUGUAUCUAGUAAAAGCUUUAAAGGGACAAUUUAUUCAAUCUUUGACUGCGCUCGGAGCAGAGUUUACCUCCUGAGGGAUAGAGCGCGUGGUGUACAAAUUAAAUACUAACAAAUAGUUUAAAAUCAAAAUAAAUGCGCUGAAAAUUGUCCCAACUUGCUAAGAAAAGCAAAGGGUUGUAAAUAUAAAAUUGAUCUGGCAUCUCGGGAAAAAAUUUGUGUGCAAAUUUUAAUGAACAAGGCAAGGCCGGUGCACUGUUCCCAACAAACUCACCGUUUUCUGAGGAAUUGUUUCACUUGAUUAACAGGCAUUUGGGUGACUUAUAUUCCGUUCUCUAGGCCCUUUUCUAUCUUCAACGUUUAUUCUUCGUCAGAAAAUUUUUCAAGAUAAAAAUGGAUACCUUGUUGUCACUGUUGACGCGCAUGCAGACUGCACAACACAAAGCGUCACUUAAAUUCCUAUUUAAAAAAAUUCAGAUCCAAUAGUUGACAAAUUCUGUAGAAAUUUUGUAAAAAGUCUCUGUUAUGGUCAAAUCCAGAGUUUAACUCUUCGCAGGUCAUGAGAAUAAUAUUCAUUCAAUGAUUAUAUAAUUAAUC